AAAAGAAACAGCCUUCUCCUCUGCCCAAAGAGGUUAGUAUCAAAUCCUCUCCCAACAAGAAUUAAGUCGUCCAGGGUCUUCUAGUUGUCCAGACAACUUUUAUUUAAGUCGUCCAGGGUCAACUAGUCGUCCAGACAACUUUUAUUUAAGUCGUCCAGGGUCAACUAGUCGUCCAGACAACUUUUAUUUAAGUCGUCCAGGGUUAACUUGCAACUUUUAUUGCAGAGAUUGUUGUCGGAGGAUACAGCAGAUGAGGCGAUCUCGGUAUAUAAGAUCUUGCCGGAGGAUAAAGCAGAUGGUGUCACCUCCAAAGAGAUUGUUCCUCUCACUUCCACUGACCAACCGAGCUUCGCUUCCAACGAUCAACAACCGAGCUUCGCUUCCACCGAUCCAAGCGUUCCAGUUUCAGAACCGAGCCUGGUUGUAUUGGACAAAACAGCUCCCACUGCUUCUGUGCGUGCAAGGAGUGAACGAACGAAGAAACCUGCUCCCACGCAGAUAUCUCCUUAUACGGCAGAGAGAAGGAAACUCCUUAGAGUGGGAAAGUAUAAUCCAUUUCCCACACUAAACAGACCUAAGAUGAAGGAGCUCGCUGAUUGGUUGAAAACUGAUCCGUAAGUGAUUGCUUUACCCAUAAUAGCUUGAUUUAGUCUACCAAAACUGAUUGCUUUUUUGUUUGCAGUGAUUAUUUCACUAAGGAAGAGGACAAACCACGUACAUCACCAACUUGGUGGUAUCAAAAACUCCGGACACCCAAAGCAUGGCUGGAAGACGUAGUAAGUCUUCUGCUUAUCUUUAAGUCGUCUGGUAACUUGUCUUUGUAUAGAUUUGUAAAUAUAUAAGUCGUCUGGAAGGUUCUAACUUGUAUUAUUUUAUAUGCAGCAUAUAGAUGCUUGGAUGAAUGUGCUGAGGCAGAGGUAUAAGGAGAACCCACAAUGUUUCCGGAGCGAGCGAAUGUGCUUCCUGGAUCACAACUUUACCCAGUCUUGGAGAGAACAGUAUCUGUUCUUCAAAGCAUCGUCGUCUGAUCACAAUGGUUUAGGAAAAAUGCUACCUAGUGGGGCGGCGAGUUUGUAUGACGGAUCAAUGCCUUCAUUUUGCCAAUCAAACAAGAAGUGGGGGGAGGACAUUGAUGAUAUCUAUGCGCCACUGAACUUGGACAACAAACAUUGGGUGGCUAUUUGGAUAUCGAUCCCUAAGAGGCACAUAGUCGUCUGGGACAGCAUACCUUCAACUACCAUACCAGAAAGAUGGGAUGAGAUAAUGGAGCCUUUUCUCGAGAUGGUCCCUUAUCUGAUUGUGGAGUGCGGAGACCAGAUGCAUGGGUUGGAGCGAUACACAUAUGAGAGACUGCUGAAAGAUGUACCCACGGCCAACAAUGGUGAUUGUGGCGUGUACGCUGCAAAGUACAUUGAAUGUCAUGCUCUUGGGGUCCCCUUUAGCCCUAAAGACUUUGCUAGGUCCAAUGCGAAGACUAUGAGGGAUAAUAUGGCUUUGGUUAUAUGGACGGAGCUUGUUGAUCAGCAUUUGAAAGAUAAUGAGGAUGGUGGUAUGUUUGUGGGCAUGUAUGAUUAGAUACACAAAUCUAACUUGUAUAGAUUUUUUAACUUGUAUAGAUACACAAAUCUAUUUGUAUAUUUGAACUAUUUGUAUACACAAAUCUAUUUGUAUAUUUGAACUAUUUGUAUACACAAAUCUAUUUGUAUGUUUGUGGGCAUGUAUGAUUUAUUUGA